GUUUAGCUUAAGUGGUGACAGUUAUUGUUUUUACGCCCCAGGCUACAGAAAACGCCUGGUUGGUACCGUGACAGAACCCAGAACGGAACCAAGUGGACCUGCUGCUGCACCGGUAGACUCAUCAUGAAUUUCUUUCUGGAAUCAAUCCAGGUCCUCCUUCUCUCUUUAUGGUACAACAUAGAGUCUUUCAUUCACCUCUUGGUUCCCAGGAAGAAAAAGAACAUAGCUGGGGAGGUUGUUCUGAUCACAGGCGCUGGCAGUGGAAUUGGUCGCCUGAUGGCUCAGGAGUUUGCGGCUCAUGGUACCGUGCUGGUUCUGUGGGACAUUAACCAGGAGGGCAUAAAAGAAACUGCAAGAUUGGCCAAAAAUGGUGGAGCCAGCAGAGUCCACUGCUUCGUCUGUGAUUGCAGUAACAAGAAUGAAGUUUACAGAGUGGCUGAUCAGGUUAAGAGAGAAGUGGGUGAUGUCAGCAUCUUGGUGAACAAUGCCGGGAUUGUGACGGGGAAGAAAUUUAUGGAUGCUCCAGACUCUCUGAUUGAGAAAACCAUGGAGGUCAACACUAUGGCUCACUUCUGGACCUACAAGGCCUUUCUACCUGCCAUGAUCGCCAAUAACCAUGGCCAUCUGGUCAGCAUUGCCAGCUCUGCUGGACUCAUUGGAGUAAAUGGAUUAGCAGACUAUUGUGCCAGUAAGUUUGCAGCUGUGGGUUUUGCUGAGUCGGUAGGCCUGGAGCUUCUAGCAACAGGAAAAGAUGGAAUCAAAACCACCAUUGUGUGCCCCUAUUUUAUCAACACUGGGAUGUUUGAUGGAUGUCACACCAAGUGGCCAAGACUCCUGCCAAUCCUAAAUGCAGAGAAGGCAGCCAAGAAGAUUAUUCAUGCUGUCCUCACAGACCAACUCUACCUUCUAAUGCCUAAAAGCAUGUAUUUCAUCACUGCUCUGAAGAACAUCCUGCCCAUGAAGCAGGGCAUUCUGCUGGGUCAGUAUCUGGGAGCCUUCAAUCUUAUGGACACAUUCAGGGGACGCUCCAAAAAGCAAGAGUGAGAGAGCUGUCAGUUAGAAGAGGAUUCACAUGAAGGAAAUAUUAAAACACUGAAGACGUUAAAACAUUGAAACUGUAAAGUUUCAUAAUUAAUUUGAAAACAUUUAACUGUGCAUAAAAACAUGAAUACCAGUUAUGUAAAGGCCUAGCUUUUAAAUAAAUGAAUGUUCAUUAUUUAACUUAAUGAGUUCCCUUAACAAAAAUCUGUUGUUAAGGGAACUCAUUAAGUGAUAUUUCUGAUUUGAUGCUGAUUUAAGCGCAAUAUUUUUUUUAAUAAUCUUGUUCUUACUGAUAUUAUAUUAUGGUUAAUUUAGUUCCUUAUUGUAUAUCUUAAUAUUUUUAUCUUUGUGUGAACCUGCAUACUCUGAUCUCUUGUCACUUUGCUGCCUUUACACCUGGCAAAACCUGUUGCUGGUGUGCAAGUGGAAAUGGGUGAGACAGAUUUAUUUCUUGGAAAAAAUCGUUUGUGAUGUAAAGUUUACCUGCAAUGAUUUUCAGGAACAAAAACUACCUACCAAAGUUUUGCAGCUGUGUUGAGAAAUGGAGAGAGGAAAAAGAUCUGAUUUUGAAAACAACAUGGAGUCAUUAUUACAUUGAGGGCAGCUGGACGAGUUUAUUUUGCUAAAUGGUUAUAUUUAGCUAAAUAUUAUCACUUUAUCCCUUUACAAAGAACAAAAUAAAGCAACAGGUUCACAAGUCAAUAAAAUUAGUCUAAUGUGCGAUGAAUGUCAACAAUAGUAAUUUCAUAAUAAUUUCCCCCAAAUUCAAUUUUUAAUUAAUUUGGUCUUGAAACCUACUUAAAGUUCUUGUAUAGGUGAAAAGAAUAAUUAUAAGUAUAUAUAAAAAUAAUAGUCAGUUCAUACAUAUAUAUAGUAACCUAACGAUCUAUACAAAUAGUAGAAUCAUUGCAAGACGGUGAAAGAUUUUGGAUGAUUUAGUUCAUUUCUUUUUAGGGCUGUCAAAAUUAACAUGUUAACCCUUCAUUCUUUAAUCUUUUUUAGCAAUUAAUUGAAGAAAUUUCCAAACUUUGUGGACAUCAUCAGUUUCACAUUUCUCUCUGUUUCAGCUAUUUCUACAGGGGCUAAUCUCUGUUUCUUCCAAAGUUUAUCUCGUUCCUGUCCAUCCUGUGCUGCUGCUCUGGCUCUGCAGCACAGCAAGCACUCAGACUCCAGGGAGAAACUAAAUCAUUUUCUUGUUGUUGACAACACAGCAUCAUUUUACUUAUGACUCCAUGACUGAAGCAACACUCAACUGCUAUGAGCAAAUAAAAACAUGAGCAGUGAUAAACACAAAAGCAUCAAAGACAUUAAAAAUGCCACCAUGUUUGUACUGUUAAUCCUAUUUUCAUCAAUUGACAACCCAAAUAAAAACAUUUUUAACUCA